AUGACUGCUAUAGGUGUGGAACCUAAUACUUUUACUUACAAUUGCCUCAUGGAGGGUUAUUGCUUGCAUAGAGAUAUGAACAAAGCAAAAGGCAUUUUUGAUCUAAUGCUUAAGAAGGGCUCUAUUGUUGAUGUUUUUAGUUAUACUAUAUUGAUAAAUGGAUAUUGCAAUAAAAGAAGAAUGAAGGAAGCAAUGCAUUUGUUUGAGGAAAUGACUCGUAAGAGAAUGAUUCCAGAUACGGUUACUUAUACGACACUUAUUGGCGGCUUUUGCAAAGACAGAAGAAUAGAUGAUGCGCAAAACAUAUUCUCAAAGAUGAAAGUUGGUGGUCCACUUCCAAAUAUUUCUACUUAUAGUGUUUUACUGGAUGGACUGGGUAGAAACGGCCAUAUUGAUAUGGCUUUGAAAUUCUUUGGAGAGUUGGAAUGCAGUAACGUGGAUUUUGGUAUCAGUCCCUACAAUAUUCUUAUUGAUGAAGCAUUGCUUAGAGGAAUGGAAGAGAAAGGCUGUUCCCCAGAUUCUGUCACCUACAACACAAUUAUCCAGAGAUUUCUUCUUAAUGAUGAGCUAUCAAGGGCACAAAAACUUAUUCAAGAAAUGGUGGCCAAGGGUUUCUCUGCAGAUGAUUUAACAACGACAAUGAUAGUUGACUUAAUUGAUGAGGGCAAACUAGAUACUGAUUUGCAUCCAGUGGAAAAAAAAAAAUCUGAGUGA